AUGAUUGGUUUUGCAUUUGUUGUCUCUUGCUUCAUUCUCGUUACGAAUGCUAGCAUUCUAACCGAUGGCAGCCUACUACCAUUGGAUCAACCACUUAUUCGGAAUCUAACUUGGAAAGAUGUCAAUUUCCUCCACACCACGGAUACGCACGGAUGGUACUCGGGGCAUUUAAACCAGAAGCAGUACAGUGCCAACUGGGGCGACUUUGUCUCGUUUGCCGCCCACAUGCGGCAGAUUGCCCAUGGCCAAGGCCAGGAUUUGCUAUUGGUUGAUUCUGGAGAUCGACACGAUGGCAACGGGUUAUCCGACAUCACCACUCCCAAUGGGCUCAAGUCUACUCCGAUAUUCAUCAAGCAGUCGUACGAUAUCUUGACCAUUGGCAACCACGAGUUGUACCUUUUGGAAAACUCGGUGAUGGAGUAUGAAACCGUUGUGCGCCAUUUCCAGGACAAGUAUGUGUGCUCCAACGUGGAGUUUAAAUUGGAUAACGGAACAUUUGUCCCGUUUGGAAGCAAAUAUAGGUAUUUCGAGACCCCCGUGCAACGGAAAAGGGUGUUGGCUUUUGGGUUCCUAUUUGAUUUUAAACGGUUCAACCUGGGCACAAAGGUGACACCGAUUGCAGAGGAGAUGGCAAAGAAAUGGUUUGCAGAAACGUUAAGGAGAUACCAAGGUUUAGUGGACUUGAUUAUAAUAGCGGGCCAUACGCCGAUUGCUCACGACUGGCCUGAAUUUUAUGCUUUGCAUGGGCAUUUGCGUCGGUAUUAUCCGGAUACAAUUAUCCAGUACUUUGGCGGCCACAGUCAUAUCAGGGAUUUCACGGUGUUUGACGACAAGGCAACGGGGAUUCAAAGUGGGAGAUACUGCGAAACCGUGGGCUGGGUUAGCAUUGACAUGGAAGAACAGAAGCAGCAGGAGCUUUCGGUCAAGGAGAGAUUUUCAAGAUCCUACAUAGAUUUCAACCUUGAUUCUUUCCACAAGCAUACAAACACUUCAGCCAGCACCUUUGACACACCUUCAGGUAAGCAGGUCACUGAACUCAUUGUGAAAACGAGAAAGGAACUCAAGUUGAAUAAACUCAUCGGCACGGUAAACACCAACUACUACGUCGAUUACGUUCCAGAGGAUCAUCCCAAGAGCAUCUUCAACUUGCUCUGCAACAAGGUUUUGCCCACGUUGCCGGGAUCUGGAGAGAGAUUAAUUGUGAUAAAUACGGGCUCGAUAAGGUAUGACUUGUACAAGGGUCCGUACACGGUAGAUUCCAUGUACAUUGUAUGCCCUUUUGAAAACCGGUGGGUGAAUUUGACAGUGCCAAAAUCAGUGGCAUCGAAAGUGGCCCAGAAGUUGAAUGAUGCUAGUUACAUAGCGACGACGAGCAGGUUGAAGCCACCGCAGCAGUAUCUCAACAAGUUCCUUGUAUCUAAAUCGGUUUCGGAUCACGGUUUUUCACAAACGCCAUUCCUGCUUGGUGACAAUCUAGGCCAGAGGCUAUCAAAAGGAUACGUCACUCACGACGACUUUGGGUCCGGUGGCGAUGACACAUUGCACCGUGCCGUUGUCAACUUCAAAGUCCCCAAUGUGGUACAAAGUGUCCAGUUUGAAGAUGAGGUGGACUCGAAUGUCGAUUUGGUAUUCUACGAGUUCAUCACUCCCAACAUCCUUUGGGCGUUGAAAGAGCUCGACUACAAGCUCGACAAUGUUGUUCCAGACGUCUACUCAAACAUUUAUUUAGGGGCAUUGCUAAACGAGAAGAUCAAGCACAGCUCACUAUAG